AGCCAACAGAAGAAGCAGUCCAGAUAAGCUUAUCAUUUUCAUUCCUCCCGCACCAGAGCGCGAAAAAGAAAGACGAACAAAAAUGGCGGUGAAGAUACGAUUCGCAAGGCUCGGGUGCAAACACAGGCCGUUCUACAGGAUUGUAGUUGCUGACAGCGAAUCCCGCAGAGAUGGCAAGUUCAUUCAAGUCGUUGGGUUCUACGACCCCUUGGCAGCAAAAGAAGACACGAAGAAGAUGAGCCUCAAUUACGACAGGGCGAAGUACUGGCUAUCCGUCGGUGCACAGCCUUCAGACCCGGUUCGUCGCAUCCUUAUGCAAGCUGGUUUGAUCGAGCCACCACCGAUGGUGGUAAUGGCACGCAAGGGCGGCGAGAGUGGCAGCAAUGAUGAUCAAGCAUGAAUGAUUGACUGAGACAAAAAGUUGAACACAAGGGAUGUAGAGAAAGCCUGCUGCUUUGAUGGAGUAUUUUGAGAGUUGUUUUUAUUCAUACUGAUGCUUGCAUUUUAUUUCUCUUUCUUUAAAAGCUGAAGAAGAUACAUGGAACUUCUUUCUUCUUCUCUGCCCCUUCACUUCUCAAGUUGCAUUCCCCUUAAUUGUACCAUUCCAAUUUCAUCAGGUUUGGUUUGUGAUGGUUGUGGUUAUCCUGCUACCAAGGAUGGGUAGCCGGUUCGGUUUUUUUGGUUAACCAACCUUGUCAAACCAAGGGGGGAAAGAGUGUCAUUUGGGGAAGAUGAACAUAACCCAGAAACAAGGGAAUGUCGAUCAUUCAGAAGAAAACAGGGUUGAACAUAACCCAGAAAUAAGGGAAUGUUCAUCAUUUAGAAGAAAACAGAGUUAAAACCAAGAAGUUCUUGCUGGACUGGACCACCUCUGUUCGGCUGUGGGCCCAUCGCGCUAAGGGAAGGCCCAAUCAGGUGGUCGUAUGGACUUUGGCGAUUAGUCUUAAUCGGGCCCAUUAAGUGAACCACCUACCGAAUGGAUGGGCCGUUCAUUUCCGUGACAACGAAGCUGAAAUACUGCAAGGCUGUGACUGUUAAGCCUUCCAAGGAGGAGAAGAAGCUUCGAACGUUUAGGAGAGAUGGCAUCUUCGUCUUCGUCACUAGCGAUGAAUCCGUUGACUUCUUCCCUCUGCAAAUCCGGUGGACUUCCGCCGGUGGAUUCCAUGCUUAACCACCGCCGCCUGGUGUCCCCUGUCGCCUCUUCCCCUCACCGAACGCUGAAGCAGCGAAGCGUCAUUGCUCGGCCGCAUUUCGCGUCUCCGGUGGUCUGCAAGGCCGUCUCCGUCCAGCCUCAGGUCACCGGAAUCGAAGGACUCAACAUCGCGGAGGACGUCACUCAGCUGAUUGGGAAAACACCUAUGGUAUUCCUAAAUAAAAUUGCCAAGGACUCUGUUGCCAGCAUUGCUGCCAAGCUGGAGAUCAUGGAGCCAUGUUGUAGUGUCAAGGACAGAAUAGUUUGUUUUGACUCCAGGAUAGGAUACAGUAUGAUUGAUGAUGCCGAGAAGCGAGGACUUAUAACGCCUGGAAAGAGCGUUCUGAUUGAAGCUACAAGUGGGAACACGGGUAUUGGGCUUGCAUUUAUAGCUGCAUCAAGAGGAUAUAAACUCAUCUUAACAAUGCCAGCGUCAAUGAGUAUGGAGAGAAGGGUUCUUUUGAGGGCCUUUGGAGCAGAGCUUGUUCUCACUGAACCAGCAAAAGGUAUGAAGGGUGCAGUUCAGAAGGCCGAAGAGAUAUUGAAAAACACUCCCAACUCGUACAUUCUUCAGCAGUUUGAUAAUCCUGCAAAUCCAAAGGUCCACUACGAGACUACUGGUCCAGAAAUCUGGGAAGACACAAGGGGCAAAGUUGAUAUCCUUGUUGCAGGUAUUGGCACUGGUGGAACCAUUUCUGGCGUUGGGCGGUUCCUUAAGGAGAAAAACCCCAAAAUUCAGAUAAUUGGUGUCGAGCCUGUUGAAAGCAACAUAUUGUCGGGGGGAAAGCCUGGUCCUCACAAGAUUCAAGGAAUUGGAGCAGGUUUCGUACCAAAAAAUUUGGACAGAGAUUUGGUUGAUGAAGUUAUUGAGGUGUCAGGCAGUGAUGCUAUCGAGACUGCAAAGCAAGUAGCACUACAAGAAGGCCUAUUGGUGGGCAUAUCUUCUGGAGCUGCAGCAAAUGCCGCAAUUAAGGUUGGAAAAAGGCCAGAGAAUGCAGGAAAGCUGAUUGCAGUUGUUUUCCCGAGCUUUGGCGAAAGAUAUCUGUCGACUGAUCUGUUCUUGUCCAUCCGACAAGAAUGCGAGAAACGUGAUGCGCCUGAGCUCGACCAUUUCAACGAAUCCAGAAGAACUGAAGCAACCAUAAAGAAAUAAAAACAAACAAAAUUUGCAGCCAAACGCUGAGAAUCUGUGUUGUACUGCUACUGCUUGGAGAGUUUUCAUUUUUCACAUUUAAAAGGAUAGUAGUUGUUGUUCUUGUUGUAGCGCUCUGGUUUACUUCCACUUCUCAGUUCAGCAGCAACAGUAAUUCGUACGUGGGCUGUUGGUGCGCCCCAAUGUGGGCUCUCGUUAUUUGAAGCCCAAACUGUAAAAGCGGCCUGACACUACCGUUAAUGGCCCAAGUGGGGCAAAAAAGCCCAUAACAAAAAAUUCUCUUAACUAACUAAAUACGUUUUUUGAUAAAUUAAUUAACUGGAUAUUUAUUUUAGCUGGAAAUUAUUUUUCUUGCUCGGCAAGCCAAGCCAGGAGAUUUAGGGGGGAUAUAAGAAGGACAGGUGGACGGGAGCCCCUGAAAAGUGAAAACUGAAAACUCCGUUGGUUUUCAUUCUCCGAGUUUCUCACUCUAAAACCCUGCGGAGGAGCAUAAACCCGCGAGAAACCGCCAUAGCCAAGAGAGGAUGGAUCACCUCGCAAGAGCUCAGGAGACGUAUCGCCGGCUGCAGAGUGAGGAGAGAAUGAAGCGGAAGAUCGAUGAAGUCCCCCCAAAACUUCUAGCGCAGCUCCACCCCGUCCAAGACCACAUCAAUUUCACACUCAAGAAAGCGAUGUUCAAGUGCUCGUACGAAUGCUAUGAUAGGAAAAGGAAUCGGAAUCAGGAAGAGGUAGGGAGCUGCGUUGAGAAUUGCGCCAUGCCGGUUCGUGCUGCCCAGCAUGAGUACGAGGAGGAGAUGGCUGAUUUUGAGGAAAAGAUAAAACGGUCUCUUGAGCGCUGCCAGAACAAGUACAAGCAAGAUAAGAUCGAAGGAAAUGGAAAUGCAGACCUCAUGAUCGGCAUGGAGUCCUGCGUCGAUGAAGCAAUCAAGGACAACACAAGCUGGCUUCCAGUCAUUCUCUCCAGGCUCAAAAGAGAGUGCUCGAUGGGAGACGAGGAGAAGCAAGUGAACACGUGUUCAUGAAAACAACAGGAAAUUUCUGAAUAUGGUUUUAGGAAGCAAAAAGGAGAGAGAUGUGAGAAUCGCUCGGUGAUGAGCAACAGUCAUUUUGUAGAUCAAAAGUACUUGCGUAUUUUCUGUUUACUUCUGUUUUGACACUUUGAGCACAAUGCUAUGAAGGGAACAUAUUAAAGGCUGGCCAUUGAAGAGUUCAAUUCAUAUUCAUUUUCCAUUGUUAGUGUCGAUCUUGAGUUGGGUUGGUUUCAUUUUCAUGUAGAAGAAUUGAAAAAGCAGG